UUUUGGGAUACCUCUCAGUCGAAGCAGUGUCGCAAUUGUUCGUGGAGCCUCAACGUGUUCCUUUUGUUCUUGUCGCAAGCUUGAGGUCCUGAUUGUUGUAUCGACUCCGGUAGUCAUACAGCUUUGACGUGUUGCUCGGUUGCAAUCGCGUCCCGAAACGGAAUGCUACACGUUGCAAUUUCUUGAUACCCUAGGGCUGAUCUCCCAGCUUGUCCUUGGCUACACCUUUCACAACCUCUUGGGAAGCUAUAGAAAGCUCUUACGAAGCUACAUAUCAUCUUCGGCAAGAUGCGGGCUUCAGCCUCUUUGCUGAGUGCGAAGACGCUCCUUGCACUGAACGCAUUCAGUCGAAUUGGCGCUUUUGCAGAUUCGAACAUCAAUGUUGCUCUUCAAGCUUCGUUCAGUCCUGCACCUUAUUUAGUGGAGCUCCUAGAGACCGCCGCAGAAGAGAACGCGACCGCAUACUUUCCCCUCCUCGACCGCAUAUCAGAAGGCUGGCUAGACGAGCUAGACACGGAGAAGCAACUAUACGACAAAUUCGUCGACAUACUGCAGAGCGACGGCCAUAUUACCGACCCUGAGACCCUCGCCUCUUUCAACCUCGCGCUCUCAGUACGAUCAGCGGCGCCACGGAUAGAAGCACACUAUCAGUUCUACAAGACGUCGGUCGAGCCUUCUCUGGAAUCAGAACAGGGGAAGAACUGCCAGCUAUGGGUCUCACUCAACGGUCAACAGUACUGUACACCACAUAUAGACGAUGGCGAGCCAACAGGCAACAUCAGGAAUGAGCGUACGAACGAGCUACCGUUCGAUCGAAUCCUUGGUAAUAGCUCAGCCUUGCCAACAAUCGUAUACGCCGAUAUUACCGCUCCGCGAUUCAAGAAGUUUCACAAGACUGUGAGCAGGACGGCAAAAGAAGGAAAGACAUCGUAUCGUGUCAGGCACAAGCCCUCUCUAAAGGGAUCUAAGACACCACUGGUCGUCAACGGCUAUGGCGUUGCGCUGCAAUUAAAGAGGACCGACUACAUCGUCAUUGAUGACAGGCAAGCGGCACAGGGCGAGAACGCAGAUCAGAAGCCGCUCGGUACAGAGCUCGACGAAGAGGCUGUGGAUCUGAAGCCCCUGGCUAAGGAGGAUGUGUCUGACCUGGCCGAGAAGGCUGCCAGCUUCGUGCUGCAAAGCGACCAGCCUAUGGACACGCUCUUGAAGUUGGCUCGCGACUUCCCGAAGUACACGUCGACUAUCGCUGCUACCAACGCUACUUCGGACUUCCUCACCGAGCACUACAACAACCGUGAGCUCCUACUGCCCACAGGGCACAAUGUCAUUUGGAUCAAUGGCGUACAAAUUCCUGCGAGGGAUGUUAACCCUUAUGCGCUCCUCGCCCAUCUGCGUCGCGAGAGGAAGCUGAUCAAUGGCAUCAGAAGCCAGGGACUGUCUGCUCCAGACACCAUUUCUCUUCUGUCGCACUCAGCUAUAACACAAGGCGAGAUCGGAAAUGAGCCUCAGAGAUACGAUUUCAGAGACGAAGCUGAGGGAGGCAAAGUCAUUGUAUGGGUCAACAAUAUCGAAAAAGACUCUAGGUAUCAGAGCUGGCCCACUGAACUCCGAGCGCUGCUGCAAAGAACCUAUCCCGGCCAGCUGCCUAAUGUCCGCCGCGACAUCCACAACGCGAUCCUGCCCAUUGACUUCACCUCCCCUGACCAUGUCUCCAAUGUGAUCGAGACAGUAGUUGGUCUUGUCAGGCGUGGCAUCCCGUUGCGAUGGGGUCUUGUUCCGCAGACUCCGACUCCUAGCGCCGUGGAGCAGGCAAAGGUAGUAUACUACCUUCAACACACGUAUGGUCUGUCUGCAGUCACCAAGUAUUUGUUAGCUGCGAUGGAGGCCAAGAAACUCGCGAGACCAGACAAGGCUAGCUUCGAAACGGCUGUUAAGGCUGGUACGCUCCGCAAGGACCGUGAAACACUUGAAUUCGAGGACAUAUUGACUUCUGAAGCUCUUGGUGAGCGCGUGGACAAAGCUAAGCACUACCUGGAACGCCUUGCAGUAAAUGGUCCAGAUGCCCCGGCGAUUGUAAACGGUGUGCCUGUUGCUCAAGGCGAGAACUGGCUGUCUGAACUCAGUCAACGGAUUAGUAUGGACCUUCGUCAGAUCCAGAAAGCUGUGUUCGAAGGCGACCUCAGGGAGGACAGCUGGGUACCACAACAGUUCUUGCUCCAGGCUGCUGCAAAGCGCAACCCUUUCAUCAUCCCAGAAAAUGAAAAGGAUAUUAAGCUCGUCAACAUGGCUGAGUUUGAAGAGAAAUAUGGCGAGAUCUUUGAAAAGUACCCUCGCGUCGAAUCUGCAUCGUCAGUGUGCAAGAGUGACUGGGCACAUCUCACAGUGUUCGGUGAUUUCGACACUGAAUCUGGCUUGACUCUGCUCAAGUCUGUAGCGCAGUACCGUCAGGCCAAUCCGAAUGUCGAGAUUGUCAUGGUACAGAACUCAGAUGCAAAUCAGUCUGGUGUGUCUGAAGAGCUGCUGGACGCAUACAUCAAGACUAAGCGCCAGCUCGACAGCAACACGCUUCUCACGGUCUUGAACCAGGAGGUCGCAAAGUCCCCAACGCCAGCAAGGUCUACGCGUCUGCGCAAAUCUGCCGAGCCACUCCUCAAGGAACUAGAGCUGAAGCCUGGCCAGCUCGCCGUUCUCAUCAACGGACGCUUCGUGGGACCUAUCCCUGAGGAUAAGGUUUUCUCCAGUGAAGAUAUCAAGACACUUGUGUCGUAUGAGACGAAUAAGCGCAUUGAGCCUCUGAUUAAAGCUCUUGAGGACUUGCAGCUGACUGCUAAGAUCGCAACGCCCUUCGAUGUUGCCAAGGUUCAGUCUCUUGUGGCUCUUUCCACCGUAUCUGAUGUCCCAGAGGGCAUCUUCGAAACAGCAUCAACCCUGAGGACUAACACGUUCAGCAACUGGACUGCUGAUCACACAGCUAUCAUUAAGGGAAAGAAAGAGAACGCCAUUUUUCAGAUCGUCGCAUCCAUCGACCCUGCAACCGAGCAAGCCCAGAGGUGGAUCCCAAUCCUGAACACGUUAAGCGAAAUGGACGGCACUCAUCUUCAGCUCUUCCUGAACCCCAAGCAGAUGUUACAGGAGCUUCCCAUCAAGCGAUUCUACAGGUACUUGCUUGGUUCCAAACCAAGGUUUAACGCAGAUGGAUCAGUCGACAAUUUCAAGGCUCAAUUCAAAGGCAUCCCAAAGAAGGCUCUCCUGAACUUGGGUAUGGACGUCCCACCAUCCUGGCUGGUCGCUCCGGAGGAGUCCAUCCACGACCUUGACAAUAUUAAGCUCAGCUCGCUGCCCGCCGAUACGAACAUUGACGCAGUCUACGGACUAGAAAGCAUCCUCAUCGAAGGUCACUCUCGUGAUACCGCCAAUGGUGGUCAGCCGCCUCGUGGCGCGGAGGUCGUGCUGUCAACUGAAAAAGACCCACACUUCGCUGACACAAUCAUCAUGGCCAACCUGGGGUACUUCCAGUUCAAGGCGAACCCCGGCUUCUACAGCAUCCAUCUGAAGAAGGGUAAAUCCCAGGAUAUUUUCUCCCUCGACAGCGCUGGAGCCAAAGGCUGGGCUGUCCAACCCAACGACGAGUCAAACGAGCUUGUGCUCAUGAGCUUCCAGGGCAUAACGCUCUUCCCUCGACUGUCCCGUAAGCCGGGACAAGAAGAAGCCGAUAUCCUGGCAGAUGAGGAAUCGGUUGUUUCUGAGCUUGCAACUAAAGGCACUGAGAAGAUCAACAAGCUUCUCGGCAAGAUCGGACUCAACUUCAACAGCGAGAAGGUCUUCAAGAAGGGCGUCGAGCUCCUCGCAGGCACGAAGCCUGCAAAGACACAAGCCGACAUCAACAUCUUCUCCGUCGCUUCAGGGCACCUCUACGAACGCAUGCUCAACAUCAUGAUGCUCUCCGUCAUGAAGCACACCAACCACACUGUCAAAUUCUGGUUCAUCGAGCAGUUCCUCUCACCCUCAUUCAAGCACUUUUUGCCUCACAUGGCUGCCGAGUAUGGUUUCGAGUAUGAGCUCGUCACAUACAAAUGGCCGCACUGGCUCCGCCAACAGUCUGAGAAACAGCGCGAAAUAUGGGGCUACAAGAUCCUCUUCCUUGACGUGCUCUUUCCACUCGACCUCGACAAAGUUAUUUUCGUCGACGCAGACCAAAUCGUGCGCACAGACAUGUACGAACUCGUCACCCACGACCUGCAAGGCGCGCCCUACGGCUUCACGCCUAUGGGCGACUCACGCACAGAAAUGGAAGGCUUCCGUUUCUGGAAGACAGGAUACUGGGCGAACUUCCUCCGCGGCAAGCCCUACCACAUCUCCGCCCUAUACGUCGUCGACCUGAACCGCUUCCGCAAACUCGCUGCCGGCGAUCGUCUGCGUCAACAAUACCACUCCCUCUCUGCCGACCCCAACAGUCUAAGCAACCUCGAUCAAGACCUGCCGAAUAACAUGCAAUUUAAUCUCCCUAUUCACAGCUUGCCGCAAGAAUGGCUGUGGUGCGAGACUUGGUGCGCAGAUGAAGACUUGGCUACCGCUAAGACGAUUGACUUGUGCAACAAUCCACAGACGAAGGAGCCGAAGUUGGAUCGUGCGAGGAGGCAGAUUCCUGAGUGGACAGUGUAUGAUGACGAGAUCGCGGCGCUGGCCAGGCGUAUCAGGGGUGAGAAGGAGCAGCAAGAGGUCGUGGAUGUGCAAGCUGAAGAGCAGGUGAGGGAGAAGAGGGAAAAGGAUGAGGAGAGGAAGAGGGAUGAGUUGUAGGGGGAUAGUUCUUGAAGAUGUGUAAGCAUUGGAGGAGUUUUGUUGGUUGUAGACUUGUUUGACCAGACCGUAAGGACAUCAUAAAGGUAUAUAUACACGCGGUUCGCUAAGUCAUCUUCCAAUCAUCACACAGUCACACCUAGUCAACCCUGACUUCACCGGUCUCCAUUGGUCUUGUUGCACGGCGGGCCGGACAUGAAAAUUCUAAAUCUCUAAAUUUUAGGAAGAG